AGUAUUGUCACCAUAACAACAGUCUACCCCUCAUAUUAUGCUGAAUAUUUGUGCAAGCAGUAGGGACGUACUCGAUUUCUCGAAGAGUGUUCAUGUUGAACGUUUUGAGGCAAGCCGCGAGGAAUCUGUCACAAAUCAAAAUUCAGGAAGAACCAGCCAAAAAGAAAUCAAAAAUUAAGCAAGACGUAGAAAAUGUUAAAGAAAUUAUAAGGAAACGAUUAGAAAGUAAAACGAGAUACUUUAGUAAGCGCAAAAUUAUCAAAAAGGAACAGGUAAAUAAGUUUACUGAAGCAGCUGGCUAUUUUUUCUUUCCUCUUUUAUACGGCUAUACACAAAACAAGAUGUCGCAAGAUUCCCAAACCGACAGCGAUUUUGUGUUUUUGAUACACUUCAUAGAAACGUUAGCUGUAGUAAUGUGUGCUUCUCGAAAUUGCCCCGUAGCCCCUCGUAUGGCCAAAGAGAUCUUUCACUUUUCUUGGUUUUUGAGGUUCCAUAAGGAGGUCAAAGUGCGCAUGGCCGUUUUGAGCCUCAUCGCUUCUGCUGUUAUGAACGUUCCUCAGAGUAUUUUAGUUAGAGAUUUCAUCAACGAGUUGUUGAUUCGUCUGUGGUUGUCAGAUCUGUUAAGUCCUAAUAUUGCUAAGGGGGAACCCAAUUCGGAAUGUCGGAAUUUGGCAGCUUGUACGAUCGUUCUUAUAGAAGGAGUUCUUAAAGUGGACACAGAUAACGAGGAGACCGUUUAGUAUGUUUGUUGUAUAUUAAACUGCUCGUCAAAAGUUAGGGAUAUAGAAAAUUCUGCUGAUUUUCAUAGUUGAUUUUUUCGCGAACAGACGGAUUCCGCUAUUUUUUUUUAUUUUAGCCUUUUCUUUAGUAUUUACACAGUUGUGCAAAGGUUUACUCAAACUUAUUUUUUGUACUUAUACCGGGUGGAAGAAAAAAAUAUGUUUUUCUUGUGUUAAGUUUGAGACACUCUGUAGGGAGAACGAGGUACAAAUGUGAGUAUAAAUCAGAAUAAUAUUGUAGUCUUAUGUUUUGUGAACAUGCUGUUGUUUGAAUGUCCCUGAUAUCUUUAGAAACAAAAAAAUAGUCGGUUUUGUAAUUUAACAUGUGUUUUAACCGAAACAAAAGUUUGAGACACCUUGUAGGGAGAAAAAAGGCACAAAGGUGAGUAUACCCCGAUAUUAUGUUGUCUCAUAUUUUUUGCAUAUUUUAUUUUUUAAUUGCUCUGAUAUCUUUAAUAACAAAGAAACUAGACGGUAUUACUCUUUAAUAUGUUUUUCUAUGUUUCACAUGUGUAAUGUGACGCAUGUCGUCAGUUAAAACACAUAUUAAAGAGUAAUAUCGUCUAGUUUCUUUGUUAUUAAAAAUAUCAGAGAAAUUAAAAAAAAAAUAAAAUAUUCACAAAAUAUGAGAAUACAACAAAAUAUCGAAGUAUACUCACCUUUGUGCCUUUUUCUCCCUACAAGGUGUCUCAAACUUUUGUUUCGGUUAAAACACAUGUUAAAUUACAAAAUCGCCUUUUUUUAUUUCUAAAGAUAUCAGGUACAUUCAAAAAACAAAAUGUUCACAAAACAUAAGACUACAAUACGAUUUCGAUAUAUUAUACUCCCAUUUGUACCUCGUCCUCCCUACAGGGCGUCUCAAACUUAACAUAAGAAAAACAUUUCUUUUCUUCCACCCGGUAUAAGUAUAAAAAAAAGUUUGAGUAAACUUUUGCAUAACUGUGUAAAUACUAAAGAAAAGUCUAAAAUAAUAAAAAAAUUAGCGGAAUCCAUUAAUCUGUUCACGAAAAAAUCUAUAAAAAUUCAGCAGAAUUUUCUACAGCGUGUCUACUUAAGUUGGAAACAUAUGGGAAACUUUUUUAUUAUUAAUUUUACGAAAAAAAGUUAUUCUUUAUAAAAAGUUUUGCAUGCCCGAAAACCUACGAUUCAAUCAUCAGAUAUCAAAUUUUCUCAAUAUUAUACGAGGUAUGUCAAAAAAUAUGAAUUUCGGUCAAGGAUAAAGUACCUUUAUUUCUCUCAAUAUCGAAAACUCUUAGGAUAAAAAGUUGUUUGGAAUUAAAAACUAAGAUCAAAUAUGCAAUUACAUGCUUCUAAUUGGAAAAAAAAAAUUUCUCAAAGUUAUGGAUACCCAACAUCGUUUUUAAUUAUUACAAAUAUGAUAACUCGUUUAUUAUUCAUUUUAUGAAAAAAAGUUAUACUUCAUAAAAAGCUUUGAAGGGUCCAAAAUCUAAGACACAAUCAUGAUAUAUCAACUUUUAUUAAUUUUAUACGAGGUGUGUCAAAAAAUAUGAAAUUCGCUCAAGAUUAUAGUACCUUUAUAUUUCACAAUAUUUCAAUUAGAAGGAUGUUAUUGCAUAUCGAAACAUAGUUUUUAAUUCUAAACAACUUUUUUAAUAACCGUUUUCAAUAUUGUGAAAAAUAAAGGUACUUUACUCUUGAGUGAAAUUCAUAUUUUUUGACAUACCUCGUAUAAAAUUAAUAAAAUGUGAUAUCUGAUGGUUGCAUCUUCGGCCUUAGGACAUACAGAGCUUUUUAUAAAUAAUACCUUUUUUUCGUAAAAGUAAUAAUAAAAGAGUUAUCGUAUGUGUAAUAAAUAACAACGAAGUUAGUAUCAAUAAAUUUGAGAAAAAUUUGGAAAAUAUUUUUUUACAAAUUAGAACCAUGUAAUUGCAUAUUUGAUCUUAGUUUAUAUUUCCAAACAACUUUUCAUAAUAAGAAUUUUCGAUAUUGGGAGAAAUAAAGGUACUUUACUCUUGAACGAAGUUUAUAUUUUUUGACAUACCUCGUACAAUAUUGAGAAAAUUUGAUAUCUGAUGAUUGAAUCUUAGGUUUUGGAGCAUGCAGAACUUUUUAUAAAGAAUAACUUUUUUUUCGUAAAAUGCAUAACAAAAAAGUUUUCCAUAUGUUUCCAACUUAAGUAGACACGCUGUAUAUCCCUAACUUUUGACGAGCAGUUUAUAUCGGUUAGCUACAAGCCAUUAACGCCACGGUCUUUAUUUAAUUCGUUAUUUUCAAAACUUUCCGUUCAUUUUUUUUAUCUUCUUCUUGAUGCACCUUAUCGUGACGAAUGUUGGCGAUUAUCAUGACAAUUUUUAUCUUAUUAUAUGGAACUGCGCGAAAAGACUGCACAGUUGUGUUUAACCGGGUUUUGAGAUUCUUUAACUAUUUGUUCCUCUUCCUGGACUUCUCUCUACAAAUAUUUUUCCUUGCAGGAUAGUUUGUAGGAGGGCAUAUCUGGAUUCAUUUCACAUAAUUUCGAAUAAUAAAAUAACAAUUUUAGGAGAUAUUUAAUAAGGCUUAUCGUAGGUAUUCUUCGCAUUUUUUGGUUUUUAAUUUUUUUUGAAAUUGCAAUAAACUCAAACUUCAACCAUUCCGUUGGUAUUUCUCCAGAGUUGUAUAUGGUGUUGAGUAUCUUUGUGGUUAUUGAUAUUGACUCGUUGUCCAUUAAUUUAAGUAGUUCUUCUUGUAUAUUAUCGAGACCUGCUGCUUUACCAUCCUUUAGCUGUCUUUUUUCAGAAUAAUCUUCUUGCUAUUUUUGGUCCAUCAUUUACCUCUUCUUUUAGCUCAAAGGCGUUAUCUCUUUGGCUUCAAACAAUUUCUCUAGGUAUUCUUUCCACGUUACUUUACUCUGUUUGUCCAAGAUGACGUUUCCGUCAGAAUCAAUUAGAUUUCCUUUUUGUCUCCGUCUUAGUCCACCUUUGAGUUCUUUAACUUUCCUACAUACAUUGUAACUAUCGUACUUGUGACUAUUGUGUCUCAAUUUCUUCGUAUUUUUCAUGUUUGUUUGUUUAUUACUUACUUAUUUUUUUUCGUAGUCUUUGUAUUCUGUGAAUUUAAGUUAGCCUAACAAUACCUAACCUAGACGAAAAACUCUUACCAUAAAACAGAAAAAUCUGUUUUUCGUACAAAUUAUGAAUUUGUUUUUCAAUGUAGCCUCACUUUAGUUCAGUAUGCCUUUUCUAUAAUAAGAGAAUUCUUUUAGUGCGGUAAAGUUUUAAAAGCUGUUCAAAUUAUCUCCCUUCCUGUAACCAAAAACAUUUUCAGACACAAAUUUGUUAAAAUUUUGGAAAAGGUUAGAGUCAGAAUGAUCCUAAUCUGAAUAAUAGGUUAUGCUUCAAGAUUUAGUUAGAUCAUUUUUUUACUUAGCAAACUGCCCUAUUUUCUUCCUCAUUUGUAACUCACUUGAUGGAAGAAGAUUUCGGUUGUGUUAUAUUUAUUACUUGUUAAAUCAUUGAUACUUAAUUAACUUCCCCUGGAGCCUACGUCAUCUGUGAACAUAUUUUGUUCCUGUCGAUUUUUUUCAGUGCCUUCACUUUCAUCUUUGUAACUGUUUCGAUUUUUUCCGACGAUUUUGAAGAUGUACGCUUUUUCUUGUAGUGCAAUUUGCUUCAUUUGUCGUUUCACGACCUUAUCCUGGUAGCAAUUGACAAACUAAAUAAACAAAAAUCAAUCAUAAAAUUGUUAUGCUCUGUUAUGAUUAUGAUAAUGAUCUAUUACAAGAUUUCUAAGAAUCUAAAAAGUUUCCUGUAUGUAAUUUUAACAAACGAAAAUAGUAAUUUUAUUGUUUCUUACUAGAUAUUAGGAUUUAAAAAUAAGUUUACUUGUAUUUGUAGAUGUUCUAGUAGUUUGUUAAGUUUCUCAUGACUUUUUUGUAUUUGUAGACAAUAAACAUUUUUUUAUUA